AAAGCUUCCAAAUUGUCAAUUGUUAAAAUCGUCUUUUUUUUUAAGAAACACUUUGAAAUUUGUAAAAAGUUUUUUUAAAUUCCAAUCUUAUCGAAGACACAUUUUUUGGUAUUAAUAUGCCGCAUAUUUACAAAUAAGUUCGGCUGUAUCUAACACCAACCUAUUAACUUUUUCGGCAUUUAAGGCACAGCAAGGUGAUAUGGAGAAUAUUCAGAAACUUUUUGAUCGAGAUCCUUCUCUGAAGCCAUUUGAAACUGAAAUAAAACGAAGGCACAAUUGUCUGGUAAAAUGGGUGGAAACAUUCAAAAAUUCAGAAGGUGGCAUCGAAAAGUUUACUAAAGGAUAUGAAUAUUACGGAAUUCACAUCAAGGAUGACAAUUCUGUAGUGGCCAGAGAAUGGGCACCUGGAGCACAAUGUUUAUACCUAACCGGUGAUUUUAAUAACUGGCAAUGGGAAGCACAUCCCUUUCGUCAACUUGAAUAUGGUAAAUGGGAAUUAAUUUUGCCACCAAAAGAAGAUGCAAAUUGUUACAUUAGUCAUUUAAGUGAAGUCAAAAUAAUAGUUAAAAACCUUGAGGGACAACUGUUAGAAAGGCUGUCACCUUGGGCUACUUAUGUUGUCCAACCCACAGACCUGAGUUAUGGAAAAAAUUACAAACAAAAAAUAUGGAAUCCUCCUGAGAGUGAUCGUUACAAAUUUCAGUAUAAGAAACCAAGUAAACCACAAACUUUAAGAAUUUACGAGUGUCAUGUGGGAAUAGCUACGGAAGAUUAUGGCAUAGGAAGUUACAGGAACUUUGCUGAUAACGUUAUUCCAAGGAUAGUGAAACAAAAUUACAACACUAUUCAAGUUAUGGCAAUCAUGGAGCAUGCUUAUUACGCUAGUUUUGGUUACCAAGUGACAAGCUUUUUUGCUGCGUCGUCAAGGUUUGGAACGCCUGAAGAUCUGAAAUAUUUUGUUGAUAUCGCCCAUAAGAAUAAUCUGACAGUGUUGCUUGACGUUGUUCAUUCUCACGCGAGUAAAAAUACGCUUGAUGGUUUAAAUGAGUUUGAUGGAACCGAUUCUUGUUACUUUCACUCUGGGAUUAAAGGCGAACAUCCCUUAUGGGAUUCUCGACUUUUUAAUUAUUCAUCAUAUGAAGUUCUUCGAUUUCUCCUGUCAAACUUAAGAUGGUGGAAGGAAGAAUAUGGUUUUGAUGGAUAUCGUUUUGAUGGGGUAACAUCAAUGCUUUUUCACAAUCAUGGAGUUGGCACAGGAUUUUCAGGAGAUUUAAGUGAAUAUUUUGGACUCAAUGUUGACACUGAUGCUUUGGUUUACAUGUCAUUAGCAAAUAAAAUUUUCCAUGAUAUGAAUUCUAAUAUAAUAACAAUUGCUGAAGACGUUAGUGGUAUGCCAACGCUUUGUUGUCCCAUAGACGAAGGAGGGAUCGGUUUUGAUUAUCGCUUAGGUAUGGCAAUUCCUGAUAAGUGGAUUGAGCUUAUCAAAGAAAAGAAAGAUGAAGAUUGGAGUAUGGGAGAUAUUGUUCACACAUUAAGCAACAGAAGAUGGAAGGAAAAAACUGUUGCGUAUGCUGAAUCGCAUGAUCAAGCUUUGGUUGGCGACAAAACUUUAGCAUUUUGGCUAAUGGAUAAAGAAAUGUAUACAAAUAUGUCUGUGCUAUCUCCACCUUCUCUGGUUAUUGAUCGUGGCAUGGCUUUGCAUAAAAUGAUUCGACUCAUCACGCAUACACUCGGCGGGGAAGCUUAUCUAAAUUUUAUUGGCAACGAGUUUGGUCAUCCAGAAUGGCUCGAUUUUCCUCGUGAAGGCAACAAACAAUCUUAUCAUUAUUGUCGUCGUCAGUGGAGCCUUUCAGACAAUAAAACUCUAAAAUAUAAAUUUUUAAACGAAUUUGAUCGGAUGAUGAAUUUAACUGAGGAAAAGUACCAGUGGCUAAACACAAAUCCAGGAUAUGUUACAUGGUCACAUGAAGGUGAUAAAAUAAUCAGCUUUGAACGGAAUCGCCAUGUAUUCGUUUUCAAUUUUCAUCCCGAGCGAUCAUUUACCGAUUAUCGCAUAGGAGUUGAAUUUCCCGGAACUUAUAAAAUUGUAUUAAGUUCUGAUGAUGAAAUUUUUGGAGGUUUCAAUAGAGUAGACACAAAAUUGUCGCAUGUAUCAUUAGCUGAAGGUCAUGCUGGCCGGAAUUAUUUUAUUCAUGCCUACUUACCAGCGAGAACAUGUUUUGUAUUCGUGAAAUUGGGAUGAAUAAAUACCUAAUUCAAAUAUUUUGAAGAACAUGCGAUUUGUUUUAUUUUAUACCAAUCAUGUAACAUGA